AUGAAAGCAUGGGUGGCUUUAACAUAUUUCCAACAGCUUGAUGAAAGCUUCGUCAAGCUUCUGGGCGAUUUGACAGAAGAGAAAAUGGGAAGCAAUGGAAGACCAAGUCUUGAAAUUGAAGGAAAAAAGAGGAAGAUGGAAGAACAAAGCAUGAAAUUGAAGGGGCCAAAGGGGAUGCUUGCCUUCGAUGAAUUCUCCUGGUUGCUAGGAGGCUUGCAACAACCAAGAUGA